UAGUCCAGCGAGCAUCGGGAUGCGACACACUCCACCCAGCAGCACCAGCAGCUCCUCCACUCCCGCGUGUUGUAUUAUUGAUCGCGAGCGGAUCGUUUGGCGAGGCGACGCGAAGGAUGGGCAUAUUUCGCGAAUUUCCUAUAGUUUUCAAUCUCUACAAGAAGUACAGUUAGCUCUCGGCUCUUUCUGCGAGAUCGCGUUCACACGAGGCAGGUGAAAUUCUAUCUGGUGGCUGGGAAACAGACGCCGAAUCAUCCAUUACGCUGCUGACACCAAGGUAAUAUUCGCGUAUAUUUCCUAAGGGAAGAGAACUUUACACGAAGAUAAAUCAGGCAGCAUCGGUCUCCGAUUACGGAUAAGACCAUUGCAUUCUCCUGAACAUCGUGCUAAAAUGUCGCAGAUGUCGGAGAUCAUGGAGCAGAGUGACGGCCUAAAGAGGAAACCAACUCUCGUUAGACGAGUGUCCGACAUGUUUAAGGACGGAAACUACAGCGGGCCGCCGAUGCUCUUCCGACACGCAUCAAUGCAGAAGAUUCGCCAUUGCUGCCAAAAUCUCAACCUGCUGCCGUAUCUCCUCUACUCCUUCGACAAUUCCAAGUCGCAUCCGUUGGCGCGCAAGAUGCACGUCUACCUCAGCCACUUCCUCCAGGAGAUCACAAUCAGGCUCCUGAUCACGUACGAGAAUUUGCGUCAAUCCGUACUGCGCGAGAUUCAUGUCAAGAAACCGGCUGUCGCGCAAAAAGCGACCGCAGAGACGAGCGACGAGCUCGCUAAACCCGCCGCGAGGUUCAACAGGUUUAAAAAGCCGAAACGCGAGCACUCGCGCUACCUCACCGCGGCGGUGUACCUCGUGCCGCUGCUGCUCGUCUUCCAGAUGAUAACUUUGUGCGGCCUGACAAUCGUCGGCAAGUACACCCCGGGUUUCAUCUUCCUGAUCACCUCGAUGCUCUUCCUCGGCGGUAUCGCGCUCAAAAUACUGUUACACCAGUGUAACAGCGCUGUGCUGCACGGCGUCAAGAAUUGCAAAAGGAUGAAGGUACAGUGAUCCUCCGUCUCACUGUGUUCCUCAGCUGUCGCUUCGUCGUCCGAAGACAAGGAAGAACAGGAGAGAAGACUCCUCGGUGUCUCGAAGUCUGCGUGUUCGUCGUGUUACACGUUGGUACCAAACAUUUUACCUUUUGUGCACAAUCGACAAGACAUUAAUAUAUGUUAAGACGUUCGCGUUGAUAAAACCCCCGUAAAACAGCCUCUUCAGCAUCUUGAUGCAUUAGCCCUUUUUUUUUUCACGUUCUUAACGUUUCCGAUUGUCAGUUUCAUAUAUGUUAUUCCUCCUCUUUUUUUUGUACGUUGUUAAAAACUGUUAAGCAGGGCGUAGACGUGUAUAUUUCGAAGGAGACAUUUUUUUAUAAGCUAUGACGUAUAAAAAAAUAUGCAAUGAUGUGUUUUAAGCGGAAACAUAAUCUUGAUUGUUCUCAAGCGUAAUCUUCGGAGGACCGCUCGCAUUCUUCGACUUCAUGAAGGAAGUAUUGCGAGCGCCUUCGUCCUCUGCAGCAUAAGACUGAGAAUUAUUUUUAACGUAUAUAUUUGUAAAUAAAUGUGCGAAUAAUGAUAUAUGUAUAUAUACAUAUAUUUAUAUAUAUAUAUAACGAAAGAUGGGUUUGUAAAAUUGUUCUCUGUCUUGCGACAAGAAGAAGAAAAACGGAAGAUACAAAGCCUUCGAUGCGUCCAUUGAAAGUUAGUCUCAUCUGUGAUGGUGGUGGGUACAAGUGAUAUCUCGCGGGCACUUGCAAUACCACUUAAUUACACGAUAAGAGUUAAAUAUUUUAUGCGUAGAGAUGCGGAUUUCUAAAAAUACACCUUUACCGAUCGUGCGUAUCGAUAUUGUUUUCUACGGAAAAUAAAAAAAAACCUGAUAAUA